CUUUUUUUAGUAGAUUAUUGUUUGUCUCACGAGACAUUACUUUUUUUAGUAGAUUAUUGUUUGUCUCACGAGACAUUACUUUUUUUUAGUAGAUUUUUGUUUGUCUUACGAGACAUGACUUAUGAAAGUAUUUCAUAGCGUAAAUUAUUUGUACGUCCGUUUUAGGACCUUAUUUUAAGUGUAACACAACAUGUCAACAAUAUUUGCUUGUAUUAAUUUUUUUAUUAUUCCCUUUGUCUUUCUGUAUAAAUAUAGAGCUAUUUUAGUGAAUGAACUUUUAGUAUCUGUUUGUUUUUGUUGGUGCUUUGUAUACGCGUGUUUAUACUUCUGUUUGUAGUUGUUAAUUUGCUUGUACAGAAUUAUUACGGAGACACUUGUACCAAAUAAUUAAUUCAUGUACGUUUGAUCGUAGUAUUUUUGCAGCCAUAUCAAAACCGAUCGUUUAUAUAUUAAACACUGUGAUAAUUUAAUACACUGUUACUAGUUUUACUUGUGCCUAAAUAUACUGUCGGUAAAAUUCGUGUUAGUAAGUUGUCUGUUUAUAUGUGUUAUAGUGAGUAUUGUUUUUGGUCAUAAUUAGUUUAUAUGUUUUUAUAUUUGUUGUGUUGUUUAUCCGUGUUUUGACUUUAGAUUAUGUUGUUAUUAUAGUAUAUAAUUUGUGAGUGGCUAAUGACAGUAAUAACCUCUUCAGUGUAACGCAAUCAUUUUAAAAAUCCCUUUCAAAUUCUAAUCUAAACUUUCCUAAAUCAUUCGUACCUAUAGAUUUCGCACUAUGGUGACGUAAUAAAGAUGACAAAAACUGUUUUAAUGUAUGGUACGCGUUUCAGUUUUAAAAACAUGGUUUUACGCUGAAACUUUUUUGGUGUAAUGUCGGCACUGUUAAAAUUAGUUCCAAUAUAUAUGGUUUAUUUAAGUUCGCAUCGUCUGCAUUUAGAUUCAAUUAUCAGUCGCUUUCACAGGGAUAAAAUUUUAAAUAAAGAAGUUACGCUUUUUUCAAAAAGGUUUAUCCGCCUCAAGUGAUGGUUGCUCCGUGGGCGUCCAGACUUAGAAUUAAAGAUUUUAAGAGAAGUCGCCGUCAUAUAGCUAAAAGUCGCGCUGGGUUGAAGCGGGUCUCGCACUUGAGGCUGGCAGUGAUUAAGUGAGUGGUCAUCUUGUUUUUGCCAAUCAGGGGAGAUGCAAAUGGCAGGAUACUUCGCAGAUACAGCACGGUCACUGUACAUGGUAACUGUACUUCAUGCCUUGAUUGCGAUAUCGGUUUGUCAGAAACUGCUGCCUUUCGGGUCGAAGUAUGGCGACUCCAGGUUAAGCCUGGAAGAUUGGAGCAGGGGAUAUGUAAAGGUUAACUUAACAAGUUCAAUUAACGUAUACGGAAGAGCGAUGUUCAAUGAACUAUACAUAAACACAGUCGGUGCGAUUAGUUUUGGACAACCUGUUCUUACUCAUCAUUUGGACCAAAUCCAAAAUGACGUCAUCAUACUUGCACCAUUUCUUUUGGCUACUGAAUACGGAGAUUUGACUUUUCGAAAACUUUUCUUUCGUGAGCCACAAAGCGAAGAGGAAAAAAUAGAAAUUCAAAGAACUUUUCGGGUUGCCAUCGGGAAUUCCGAGUUUUUAGCACAGCGAGCACUUGUUGUUACCUUCAUACCUAUGUACCGUACAAAUACAACACAAUCUCGGGAAUUGAUUAAUUGUUUUCAAAUUACCCUUGCGACGGACGGCGACAAAACGUACGUGAGGUAUGCGUAUGAUCACCUACAGUGGAUAAAAUCAGAACAGUACUAUGCGCGGGCGGGCCAAUUCGUCCUGACUGGGGGCGUAUUAAGUUGUUCAAGUGAGUUGCCGGGUUCAGGAACGGAAGAGGUCGCAGGGCUGUGGGCAAAGUCGAACGUCGGUGUCCAAGGCAACUUUUACUGGAGAAUCGACUUGCCUUUGCAAUGUUCGAGCUUUGGUUCACCAUGCGGGGAUAUUAACCCUCCACCUUCAGAAGCAAACGUUUACAGAGCCGGGAAUUUCAUUGGAACUGUAUACAAAGAUCAAUGGUCGUUCUACGUAUUCUACUUCUGUAAGGCCGGAUACUCUACCCAAGACAAUCGAGUAUCAAUCAAGAUUGAAUGUCGCUAUGACCCGGAUUACUAUCAAUACGAAUGGCGAGAGCUUUCGUCGGUCGAAUUCUAACUACCUUCGAAGUUCCUUCAAAGAAUCGUCAGUACACCGCAAGUAAACGAGACAACAACAACCGUUCCAUGACCAGUGCCAAAUAUUUUCAGAGUAUAUAAUUAAGCAUGUGCCGAAUACACACGUUUAAAGUGAGGGAAUUGCUUUUCACCUUUGGUGUUGCGAACUUGAAUAUGAAGAAAUUUUCUCCACGUGUAAAAAAUCUGUCAAUCAUUUUCGCAAUAAAUUGGAGAGCUUUGACACCUACUGCUGCUGUCAUAUUUUUCAAUUCUAUAUUUUUUAAUUCUAGUACCCACAGAAAAAACAUAAGCUGUGCGAAACCCCCAAAUCUAUAUUUUAGUCAACGAACUUGCUUGUUUCGUAACGCACGCUAAUAAAACCACAUGUGCAGUU